ACUCUCUCUCAUUCUCUCUCAUUCUCUCUCUCAUUCUUUCUUCGUCUUCUUCUUCUUCAAUUUCAAUUUUCACCAUUUGAUGUAAUGGCUAAAGGUGGAAAACUAAUGAGGCUGAAAUCUGUGCUGAAGAAAUGGAACUCAUUCGGCAACGGCAAGCAGAGCCGCCACAGCACCAGCGCCGUCGCCGACGACGAGUCCUCCUCCAGAUCGGACCUCCACGCCGUCUACGUCGGCAAAUCCCGCCGCCUCUACCGGGUAUCCUCCGGCGUCCUCGACAACCCCGUCUUCCGGGAACUGGUGGAGAGGUCCCGCGACGACUCCGACCAGCAAGACGACACCAUCAAUGUCGCAUGCGAGGUUGUCCUCUUCGAACACUUGCUGUGGAUGCUCGAAAACGCGGACCCACAACCCGAGUCUCUGAACGAACUGGUCGACUUCUAUGCCUGCUAAGCCAAACGCUAAUGCUACAUUAAAAAAAUCGAAAAGAAAGAAGGAACGUAUAAUGUUAUGUUUUAUAUUUACACAUAUAAUACUUGCGUCGUGUAUUUGUGACUGUAAUUUGAUUAGUUGUAAUAAUAACUAACAUUCAUCCAUAAAUGUUGUCAAUAAUUUAAGUAAGGUGGAUCAAUUAGUAAAUAUUGGUUUUAUGAUAUGAUUUAGAUUUUUGCGAGAUAUGGUGGGGAUGGAUGUUGAGUUGGUUGUAGUGGUUUGGUUGAGUUGAUGAUGAUGAAAGGGAAAUUGUACGCAGUGUAAGUGUAAGUGUAAGUGUAAGUGAAGUGGUUAAUUAAUUGUUCAUUUGUUCUUGAAGGGAAAAUGUGUGUUGUUUUACCUUGGAUGAGGUUGUUUUUUUGUUAGAUAAAUGUUAUGUUAUGUUGUGUGAGUGGUGCUGUCAGAGUAGAAUGUGACUGGGACGACACCGAAACUUUUUUUGUCGACGAAUCAUCAUGUGUCGCAUUGAAAGCUUCAAUUUUGGAAGCUCUUCAUCAGAUUCCCGAAGUGGGUGUUUGGUUAUAACAAAAGAGCAUUAUUGGAACUGCUUACAAAUUGGUCGAGAGAGACUUAUUUUG